AUGAGAAUUUUUGCUCCAAACGAUGUUGUUGCUAAGUCUCGUUACUGGUACUUCUUGCAAAAGUUGCACAAGGUGAAGAAGGCCUCCGGUGAGAUUGUUUCUCUUAACAUCAUCUCCGAGGCUCACCCAACCCAGGUCAAGAACUUCGGUGUCUGGAUCAGAUACGACUCCAGAUCCGGUACCCACAACAUGUACAAGGAGUACCGUGAUGUUUCCAGAGUUGGUGCCGUUGAAACCGUAUACCAAGACUUGGCCUCCAGACACAGAGCUAGAUUUAGAUCUAUCCACAUCUUGAAGGUUGCUGAGUUGGAGAAGACCGAUGACGUUAAGCGUCAAUACGUCAAGCAGUUCUUGACCAAGGACUUGAAGUUCCCAUUGCCACACAGAAUCCCAAAGACCAAGAACCUUUACUCUGCCAAGCGUCCAACCACCUUCUACUAA